ACAAAGGGCAUGGCCGAUUGCAAAUCUGAUAUGAACAGGUAGAGGCGACAAAAGGGCCCCUAAGGAUCAGGCUAGAUUGCCGAACCUAUAUUCUCGAACGAUUCUGCAGCUGCCAGGUGGGUCUUCUCGUUGCCUGUUAGAAGUAAAUCACUUUGGGAAGGAAGAAAGGAAGAAAGAAAGAAAAAAACCCUCUGUUUGCGAUGGCGGAGAAGAUGGUGAAAUCGGACCGAUGGGGUUAUCAAGUGAGGACUACCUCGGAUCGUUGCAUAUCUUCCAUCGAUUCUUACUAUCACCAGGUUCUGAGUUAUGGAAGGAAUAGAUCAGUUAUUCUGGAAGCACCAAAAAGUGAUCCACAGUGUGUUCUGGGCAACAUUUUGGCUGCCCAUUUCCUAUCCUCUUCUGAUUCUUCUCGUGCUCAGCUUCUCGUCGACGCUGCCAAGUCUCGUCUGGAAUACGCUACUUCAUACGAGAAGGCAGUCUUCGAGGCUGUUAUGUGCCUAAUUUCUCCCGACGGAGAUUACGACGCCGCCGUCGAGCUGCAUUCGAAGCUUUUAAGCGAUUUUCCUAAAGAUCUUGUAUCGUUGAAGAGAGCUCAAGUGCUAUGCUUUUAUUUGGGCCAGCCGGAUGCAUCUUUGAAGCUCGUCGAACAGUCGCUACCAACAAAUGAGCACGAGGAAUAUAUAUAUGGCAUGCUUGCAUUUCCGUUACUCGAGCUUGGUCGGAUGGAAGAAGCAGAAAAAGCUGGGAAAAGGGGCUAUGAGAUCAGAAGGGACGAUGCUUGGUCGCACCACGCUCUUUGCCAUGUUUAUCAGUACGAGUGUCGUUUCAAAAAAGCAGUCGAGUUCAUGGGCGAUUGUGCGAGCUCAUGGGGUUCAUUGUCGUCUUUCAUGCUUACGCACAACUGGUGGCACGUCGCGCUAUGCUAUUUGGAAGGCGCUGCUCCUCUGGAAAAAGUGCGAGAAAUUUACGACGAUUGCAUAUGGAAAGAGCUGCAAAGAAGUGAUGCAAUGCCGCCAGAGGUGUACUUAAAUGCGAUUGGUUUAUUGUUGCGCGUGUAUGUUCGCGGCGGGGAAGAAAUUUUCGAGGACCGUUUAGCGAAUGUAGCUAAAUGCGUCGCAGAUGAAGCCGUAUGGUUUCUCGAAUGGCAUCUCGAUAUCUUGAUACUGUGGGCCUUAUCGGCUGCGGGAGAAUUUGAAAAGGCAGAAGAUAUACUUAAGGGCUUAAAAUCGAGGAUUUCGUCGAUGACAAAGAAGAGACAACAGUUGAUGCAGAGAGGACUUUCGCUUGCAGAAGCGAUUCAUAUGUUUGGUAAGGGUGACGACCAAGAGGCGUUAGAACAUUUUGGGCACGAAUUUGAUGCCAUCGACUAUAAGAUGAUUGGGGCAUCCGAUGAGCAACUCGACGUGUUUACUGAAGUUCAUAUCCUCUUGCUGCUGAAUACCGGAGAAUCUUCGAGAGCUAUUCAAGCUAUCGAAAAACAGAUGAAGAAGCGGGAAGGAGCGCCAUUCUUAUGGCAUCUUUUGGAAAAGGCAUAUGCGAGUUCAGGACAAAGAGACGAAGCUGCGCGAUGCGGAGAGAAGGCGAGGGCCCUCGAAACUGCGUAUUUCACUAAGGUAAAUAUGUAAACAAACGCGAUCUUGUAAUAAUGUUCGACUAUGUAUAUCAGCACACGCUGUAAUGAAAACUUUGUCGUUGAGCAAUAAUGACGGUUCCUUGUUA